UAAAACACAGAGAAUAGGUGACGGGUGAUGAGAUGGGAGGAGGAUCAGGGAUAAGAAUGUGUGGAGUGUGAUGGAGACAACAAGACAAUGGAAGAAAGAGGAUGGGAGAAGGAGGAGUACAGCGGGGAAGAAAAUGAGGGCCGAUGGAAAGAGAAGGAAAAUGGAUAAAUUUCUGCAAUUAAAACAGCAAGUGAACGAUUUGAUUCAGUUUGGGUAUUUUAAAAAAGUAUUCUAAUACAGUAUUAACUCAAAUCAACAACCUUUCAGUCACUGACAAAUCUGAUUUCCCUCUACAAUUCACAGUUGCUCCUAUUAAGCUACUUUAUUCUGACGCAAGUACCAGAACAACACGAGACUUUCUAUUUUUUUCUUUUUUACUUUGUCGAUGGUGAUAUGUUGUGGUUUCUUUCUUGUGACAAAUGUACUUAUUGUAAGUCACUUUGGACAAAGGUGUCUGCUAAAUGCCCUCAGUGUAAAUCCUACCGACGCACAAAGCGAUGCCCGCUCUUUCCUGACUGAGGAGAUGAUUUCAGAGUUCAAGGCCGCCUUCGACAUGUUUGACACCGAUGGCGGCGGUGACAUCAGCACCAAGGAGUUGGGUACCGUGAUGAGGAUGCUGGGCCAGAACCCAUCAAGAGAGGAGCUGGAUGCCAUCAUUGAGGAGGUGGAUGAGGAUGGCAGUGGUACCAUCGACUUUGAGGAGUUCUUGGUCAUGAUGGUGCAACAGUUAAAGGAGGAUCAGGCUGGAAAGAGUGAAGAAGAGCUUUCAGAAUGCUUCCGUAUUUUUGACAAGAAUGGAGAUGGCUUCGUUGACCGUGAGGAGUUUGGAGAUAUCCUUCAUAUGACGGGAGAAAACGUCACAGAGGAAGAUAUUGAUGAGAUGUUCGGAGAAUCAGACACAAACAAAGAUGGCAAAAUUGAUUUUGAUGAGUUUCUGAAGAUGAUGGAAAAUGUCCAGUAAUGCGACUCUACAUUCCUUGGUGGCCCUUCCUCAGAGAGAAUACAAGACAGACUGCUUGAUGGAAAUCUGCUCUGAUCAGUCUCAAAAUGCUAUGAAACACUGCACAAUUAUAAAUAUGAUGUCGUUUCUGAAGCAUCCGAAUGCAAACAAGUGAUAUACCUUCACCCUCACCCUCCUUCCCCUUCUCAUAUGAAACCCUUGGGCUCGGUGAGGAUAUCUAUUAAUAUCUGUUCAAACCUUUUAAGACGAAGGCACUCCCCCCCCACCCCCUCUUCUCUCGGCCACCCAGCUGUCCCCUUGGCAGCUGCUGUUUCUCCAGAAAUGUUACACCACCAAGCUUUAACCCCCCACCCUCCUCCUUCUCCUCCUCCUGCUCCUCAAAACUAAAGAUCCUCUCCAACCUGUUAUGUGCUUUCUAAAUAAAUCCACUUCC